AUGCCUGGCUAUCUUCAUGCAGCCUUGCAGUACCGACAGAGUAUGACCGCAACGACAAAGAACCUAUUAGCGGCAGCCGCUCCCGGUGCUUCUGAGCAAGGUUUCCAUCCUGUGCAAGGUCAACAACAGUUUGCUGGUCCCCAGAACAAUCGAAUCGGCCAGAACUUGGCUCAAGCCAAACCUAUGGGCGGCAUGGCGCCACCUGCGUCACCAGCUAUGGGUGGUCCCAUGAAAGAUCAGAAGGAUGUCAAACCCAUCAUGAUCAAUAACCCUUCAGGUAUACCAGAAGGGUCACCUCACAACGCUCCUGCUGCUCCAGGCCACCCGACUCCCAAUACCAUCAACUCAAGUAUCAUGCAGUCUCCUGCUCCGAACGGGACACCUUCAGUACCUCCGGCUUCGAAUCCCCCGGGCGUUGGCAACCACAACAGAUUCAGCAGCAAUUCGGUCUUACCUCCACCCAGCGUGUCCCUCCCUCUGCCCCGUCUUUUCAUGACCCUCAGUCCAACCCUCCUAUCAUACCACCCAACUUCCCCUCCAUGCCUAUGA